AUGCAUGGAGGAAUGUGGAGGCGGAUGAGGGGAAGCUCCAGAAACUCGUCCUGUUUAAAGCCACGUUUGUCUGCUCCCUCGGCCCCUCCCCACCCCCCACUCCCCACCCACCUCCACCUCCACCAUCACCUCCACCAUCACCUCCACCUCCACCUCCACCAUCACCUCCAUCUCUCUGUCUCUGUUUCAGCUCUGAGCCUGAAGCUGGAGGACACAGAAGACGCUCUGAUCAAACUCCAGCACAAAACAGAAGGCGUGGAGCAGGAGGUCGGGCUGGUCCUUCAGAAGCUCCUCAGACUCUCCUCAGACGUGAGUGAGAAGUUCAACUCGUCUGAGGACGACGUGCAGCAGCUCCAGCGCUCCACUAAAAGUCUGGACCAAAAACUGGACCGAGGUCUGAGUCUGGUCCAGGAUCUGCUCCGAGAAACGUCAGACCUGGACCUGAAGGUCAACAGAACCAGAACCCAGGUCCAGGAGAACAUCUCAGGAGUCUCUGAGCGUCUGGAGCUGAUCUCCUCAGACCUGAACCUCCGACUGAACUCAACCGAGAACAAACUCACAGGACUGAGCAGCACAGGUGUCCAGCAGGUCGGGUUCUCGGUUGGACUCUCAGACUCUGGAGCCGUUGGACCUUUCGACUCGGAGACGAUUCUGAAGUUCAGCAAAGUCCUGACCAACGAAGGGUCGGCCUACGACCCGAGCACAGGUCUGUUCGUGGCUCCGGUCCCGGGUCUGUACUUCUUCUCGUUCUGCGCCGUGGACUUCCUCAAAGGUUACAUGGGCGUGUUGUUACAUCACAACGAUCGACCAAUCAGCUUCAGCCUGGCCCUGAACGCGCACGGCGGCUACGGCGGCACGUGCAACAGCGCCGUCCUGAGGCUGGAGCGAGGAGACUCCGCCUCCCUGCGUCUGCCCGCCUCCUACCGCCUCUACGACGACCAGCGCAACUUCAGCCUCUUCAACGGCUUCCUCAUCUGACC